AUGGAGGAGCGGCGGCGGGAGGAGGGCGGCGCGGCGGCGGCGGCGGAGGCGGCGGAGGCGGCGGCGGCGGCCAUCCAGGAGCACGGGCCGGAGCACUGGUUCUCGCAGUGGGAGCGCCAGUGCCUGGCCGAGGCGGAGGCCGAGCAGGACGAGCAGCUGCCGCCCGAGCUGCGCGACGAGGCGGCGGGCGCGGCGCAGCCCGAGCACAAGCAGCAGAAGCUCUGGCACCUCUUCCAGAACUCGGCCACGGCCGUCGCGCAGCUCUACAAAGACCGAGUGUGUCAGCAACCUGGACUUUCUCUCUGGGUCCCUUUCCAAAACGCAGCCACCGCGGUCACCAAUCUCUACAAAGAAAGCGUGGAUACCCAUCAGCGAAGCUUUGAUAUUGGAAUUCAGAUUGGCUACCAGCGGCGCAAUAAGGAUGUGUUGGCUUGGGUAAAAAAGCGCAGAAGAACUAUUCGCAGAGAAGAUUUGAUCAGCUUCCUGUGUGGGAAAGUUCCUCCACCCCGAAACUCUAGAGCUCCCCCAAGACUGACUGUAGUGUCCCCUAACAGAGCUGCUUCAACAGAAACUAGCUCAUCUGUAGAGACUGAUUUGCAACCCUUCCGGGAAGCCAUAGCUCUGCAUGGUCUUAGUGGUGCAAUGGCUAGUAUAAGCGUGCGUUCGAGUACCCCAGGCUCUCCUACCCACGUAAGCAGUGGAUCGAAUGCUAGUCGAAGGAGAAACGGACUACAUGAUGUCGAUUUGAACACUUUCAUAUCAGAAGAAAUGGCACUCCACUUGGACAAUGGUGGAACUAGAAAGCGUACCUCAGCCCAGUGUGGCGAUGUCAUUACAGACUCACCAACCCAUAAACGUAACCGAAUGCUCUAAAAAACGGCAGACAGUUUUCACACCCACCUUGCUGCUUGAAAGCCACUUGAUCCUCAACCUAGACUAUUCUUAUUGCAAAGGAAACAUGAGGCCAUCUCCCCCUGGUUCACUGUCUCAGACAAGUGACUGCUUUAGCGGUUGCCACUCAAGGAAGUCUUAGGUGUUGACAGCAGAUGCCCCCUGGCACCCUGGCUUUCUUUGGAAAGUGAGAAUCCUAGCAGAGGACAGACAUCAGAUCCGCUUGUAGCUCGGUUAGUGAGACCAUCCUAGGCACACGUAUAUAUCCGUUCCAAGGCUAAAAGUGACCUUACCCCUUACCUGUAUUUAUUCUCAAAGGGAAAGGAAAUAUCAGAUGUUUAUUUGGUUCUAGGAUGCCUUUUUUUUUUUUUAUUUCUUUCUUCCUUUUGCCCCCCCUUAUUAGGGGUCUUUCUCCUGCUGUGUUGAGUAUUUUGCUUCAACAGUAUUGCCAGGUACCUAAACAUUGUCUCCAACCCACGAUUUGGCUUCCUCGUCGAGUCUGCAGGCUUCCUUCUGGCUGUGGUGCUGCACCCCCGCACCUGGUCCUAUGUAGAGGAACCGUAUGCAACUUGGGAUUCCUGAACUGUGCCCCGUCUUUAGUUCCCAAGCAGUUCCUCAUGCUGGUGAUGGUGAUGUCAAGAGGUGCUCUGAUGGUCAUGCAAACUCAUUCAUGCUCUGGAAAGAAUACACGGAACUUGAUGGAA